AUUUCAUUCUUCUUUCCUCUCCGUUAACGAUUCAGAACCCAUUCAGGUUUGGUAGGCGAAUUCUUCUUCUGCAACAAGAAAAUUAUAAAUGCUAUAAAGACUUGCUUUUCUCCUAUUCUUCAAAUCUCUCUAUAAUAAUCCAACUAUCUUGUACCAGAAUUUCGUAUCUGAUUCUAUCACCAUCGAUUGCUUUCUUCAGUAAUUGUACAAGUUUAAUAGGUUCUUCCUUUUCAAGUGCAAAUUGGCCUUUGUUUUUUUAAUUUGAAUUUGAGAGGCAAUAAUUUGUUAAGAACAGAGACCAAGAAAGAGAUAGAAUGUUUAACGGAAUGAUGGAUCCUGAGUUGAUCAGACUUGCUCAGGAGCAAAUGAGUCGCAUGUCAACCGCCGAGUUAGCCAGGAUCCAACAACAGAUGAUGUCUAAUCCAGAGUUGAUGAAAAUGGCCUCAGAAAGCAUGAAGAACAUGAGGCCUGAAGACUUGAGACAGGCUGCAGAACAGUUAAAGUAUACCGGUCAUGAGGAUAUGGCUAAGAUUGGUGAGAAAAUGGCCAAUGCAUCACCUGAAGAGAUAGCUUCCAUGCGUGCCCAUGUUGAUUCCCAGAUCAGCAAUGAAAUAACUGCAGCUCAGAUGCUGAAGAAACAGGGUAAUGAACUUCACGCCCUGGGAAGGUUCAAAGAUGCCUUGCAGAAAUAUCUACUUGCAAAGAAAAACCUAAAAGGAAUUCCAUCCUCCAAAGGGAUAUCACUUUUGUUGGCAUGCUCUCUUAACCUGAUGUCAUGUUACCUGAAAACAAGGCAGUAUGAAGAAUGCAUAAUAGAAGGGUCAGAGGUUUUGAAAUAUGAUGCAAAGAAUGUCAAAGCUCUCUAUCGGAGGGGCCAAGCCUAUAAAGAACUAGGCCGAUUGAAAGAUGCUGUCUCUGAUUUGAGCAACGCACAUGAAGUUUCUCCUGAUGAUGAAACUAUUACAAAUGUUUUAAGGGAUGCCAAGGAAAGAUUGACUCAAGAAGGUGUUCAUUGUGCAUCAAGUGGAUUGAUAAUUGAAGAAAUAACUGAAGAAGUUGAGACUAAAUCUUCUCAAAACCUAGGUUCAUCUGCAGAAUAUUCAGUCUCACAACCACAGCAAUUUGAUGAUGCUCCUAACAGUGAAAGUAGGGCUAAUGGCUGGGGUUCAACCAAGCAAAUUGUUGAUGCUCCUAAUGGUGAAAGUAGGGCUAAUGGCAGGGGUUCAACCAAUUCAGAGUCUCUGCAUGCUUUAAAAGAUGACCCAGAAUCUAUAAGAUCAUUCCAAAACUUCAUAUCUAAUGCUGAUCCUGAAACUUUGGCUGCUUUAAGUGGUGCAAAAGCUGGAGAGGUGUCUCCUGAUAUGUUCAGGACUGCCUCAAAUAUGAUCAGCAAGAUGUCACCGGAAGAGCUCCAGAAAAUGAUUCAAAUGGCCUCCUCAUUUCAGGGGGGAAACCCAUAUGCUGCUGGUGGUUCUUCAGAUGCUAGUCUUAACAGCUUCAGACUCAGUUCAGCUCCUCCAAACGUGUCGCCAGACAUGCUUAAAACAGCAACUGAUAUGAUUAGUAAGAUGCCUCCACAAGAGCUUCAGAAAAUGUUUGAAAUGGCAGGUUCUUCAGAUGCUAGUUUGAACAGCUUCAAACCCAGCCCAGUUCCACCAAAUGUGUCACCAGACAUGCUUAAAACAGCGACUGAUAUGAUGAGUAGGAUGCCUCCAGAAGAGCUUCAGAAAAUGUUUGAAAUGGCAUCCUCUUUGAGAGGAAAUGACUCAAUUCCUACAACAUCAGCUUUAAGUACUAAUGGACUAAAUUCGAACACUGGGUCAAAUCUGACAGGACGUCAAGGAAGUUUUGCAGUUCAUAGGAAUGUCAGCAGUGAAACAAGUUCAUCUAAUGGUUUAUGUUCAAGCUCAAAAAAUACUUCUCAGCCAAGCUUUCCUAGCUCAACUGCUGAUGUGCAAGAACAAGUGAGAAACCAAAUGAAAGAUCCAGCUAUGCGACAGAUGUUCACAUCAAUGAUGAAGAAUAUGAGCCCAGAGAUGAUGGCCAACAUGAGUGAACAAUUUGGAUUGGAACUUUCUCCGGAAGAUGCAGCAAAAGCUCAAAAAGCUAUGUCGUCUUUAUCACCAGAGGACCUGGAUAGAAUGAUGCGAUGGGCAGAUAGGAUCCAGAGAGGAGCUGAAGGUGCAAGGACUGCAAAAAACUGGUUACUAGGGAGGCCUGGUAUGAUUAUGGCCAUGUGCAUGCUCCUCUUAGCCAUGAUCCUUCACUGGCUGGGCUACAUUGGGAGGUAGGGAGGACCCAACUCUUUUUUAAAAGUUUUCUCAGACAAGUUUAACCUUCAGCUCUGUUUAGAUCGACCAGACCAUUCGUGUAUCCUUGAAAUAAGAAUGGGAAGUAGAAAGGGAAUCGGACAGUACAUGGAAUGAAGAAAAUUGAGAAAUUAGAGAGCAGGUUUAAUUUGUGCGUUGGGUGAAGAAGAUGAUAGCCAUAAUUGUUUGAUUUGUUGUACUUCUGAUUUUUGUUUGUGGACUAUUAGGGAGGAGAUUAGAAUUCCUAAAAGGGGGUCUCAGAAAGGAGAUUCUAAGUUAUUGAGCUAAUGUCCACUAACUUUGUGUUAACGCUAUAUAAUUUGGUGUGCAGCAUAUGGAGGUUAUGAGACCCACCACUAAACAAAAUUAAGGUUUUUUAUUUAUUUAUUUUUAUUUUUUAUUACAAGGAUAGCAAUCCACUGAAGUGUUGAUGAAUUGAAGAAAAUGGAAUUUACAAUAUCAAUGCCAAUUUCUUGAGAGAUUGAUAUA